UUUCUAUGUUCUCGUAUCUGUGACACCUUUCUUUAAGAGGGUUUCAAGAGGUUAUUGCUGACAGCCUUUCCGGGCCACUCAUCUCUAAUGGAGUUCAACUUCAUUUGCUUUAGGUAUUUUUCUGUGUGAAAGAUGCAGUGUUGACAGGCUGAAGAGAGGCCCUUGGUGCACUUCAACAUUGCGCGCUAAUCACACUUGAGUACUUGAGAGUUGUUCAUUGAAUAAAUUCUUUAAAUUAGAUUGUGUAACAUUAAACCACUUCUUAAUGGAUGUCUGUGGAGCUCUAAAGUGGAAUGUUAGUUAAGACAUCCAAGUUUAAGUCUCUUUUUCUGUCUCUUUUGUUUCAGGAGUGAAUGCCAUGUUCGCGCAGCAGCCUCAAGACUUGGUAGUUGUGGCUGGUCAGCCGGUCACGCUCCCCUGCUCUAUCCCUGGUUACCAUGGGGUUGUGCUCUGGAUCAAAGAUGGCCUCGCUUUGGGUGUUGGAAGAGAACUUAUAGGUUACCCUCGCUAUGCUGUGGUCGGGGAUCACGGAACUGGUGAACACCACCUUCGCAUCCAAAGGGUGGAGCUGACGGAUGAUGCUGUGUUCGAGUGUCAGGCCAUCCAGGCUGCCAUGAGGUCUCGUCCAGCUCGACUCACUGUGCUAGUUCCACCUGAUGACCCCGUUAUCAUCGGAGGGCCUGUGGUGAGCCUGAGAGCGGGCGACCCCCUCAAUCUGACGUGUCACGCAGACAAUGCCAAGCCCGCCGCCUCGAUCAUCUGGAUCCGAAAUGGAGAGGUGCUGAACGGAGCCACGUACUCUAAG